CCUCAGUCACUCUAUCCUGAAGACACAGACUCACUCAGUCUCUGCUCUCACUCACAUGGCUGAGCCAGCGCUGGUGCAUCUCUCUCUCUCUCUCUCUCUCUCUCUCUCUCUCUCUCUGACUCUAUGAUUUGAGACACAGCCGAAAGGGGACACAAACCCAACAGGUAGAAGGAAAAAGAUCAUCGUCACUACAGAAUAUCUAAGAACACUUCAGAAUACCUCAGGCUCUUCAUUAGGGUCAGGACCACUUCUCCCUCCGUAGUGCGCACUCAUUAGCUCCCUUGGGAUGGGGGAGGUGCUUGUGGUGGACAGCCAGGGGGCUGCGAACCUUGUGCCCAGUAAACAGUGGAUUAAGGGCACUUUUGCUCUGUACACGCUCCUGGGCCUGGCACUGUUCGGAGUCUUUGUGGAAGGGGCACUCAUCUACCAGUUGUACCAGAGGCUUCCCACACAGACAUAUCCAGAGAACAUUCAGUAUUACAAGCAGAUUGGAGGAAAUACAACCCUGGAUGAUGCAUAUUCGAAAGAAAUGCCGAUCACGAAGACUGACAGCGACACCAAACCAGCUGCGUUUCUGCAUUAUGACCAUAAAAAGAAGUCAUACAUGGACGUGCUUCAGUGGAACUCUCAAGGCUUUCCUGCAUUUAGUGACCAUUUUAAUUACAUCAAUGGCACUCUGAUCAUCCUUAAAGACGGCACCUACUUCCUGUUCUCCAAGGUGGCCUUCGGAAACUGCAAAACUUUCAAACAUGAGGUCAAACUGAGCACGGAACGUUACGGGACAACCCUCACCAUCAUGGUGGACAGGUACAGCUCUGCAAACCAGAUGAAGUCUCAUGAGAAGAACAUCUCCAGCAGCUACCUGGGUGGAGUUUUCAAGUUACACAAGAAUGACAAGGUGUUUGUUUCAGUCAGCAAUCCUAGCCACUUGAUGGAGGCACAAAAUGAAAACUUCUUUGGUGGUUUUAUGAUCUAACAUAUAAACUAGGACAUUAAGAACGUGUCACACAAGUACAAACUUCAUGCGUACGUUCAUGAAGGAUGCACACGCUAUUCUUGUUCUUUUUUUUCCCUAAAUUAACCUUGAAUAUUUUUUUCAAUGAUAUUUAACAUUUCUAUAUUUGAUGACCUGGCAAUAUUUAUUUAAACAGAACAACAGCAUCGUGGGAAUCACAUUACUGUGUGUUUUUACAGUGAAGUCCGUGUAAGCUGGCGUGAACCGAGCACUCACACUCGGGUUGGGACCAAAACAACCAGUUUUAGGGUAUUUUGAGCUUGUUUUUGCUAGAAUGAAACUCGAUUGUGUAAUUUAUUGAGAUAUGAGCUGCUAAACUGACCCUCAGGCUACAAACUGAGGCAACAGACAGAGCUGAAAUGCUGCAGAUGGACAAUAUGAUAUUUGUUCUGAAUGUCCUGGAAAUGCUGGAUGAAGAUUACAAAAUGAUUUAUAUUCAUUAUUUAUGUAAUUAUCGAAUCUAUACUAAUCAAAGUUCUCCUCCGUGAGCAGUUUAAGCACAAGUCCAGAGGGUGGGGACAAGUCUCUCAAGUACGGGGUGAGGGUUAUACUGUAGGAUGUGAGAUCAGGUCCACCUCCACCCCCUGGACCUUUGGUGUCUAUUAACAGUGUUCUAAAACCCCAACAUCGCUCUUGUAGCUCAUCUUCUUGGAGCAGCACCAAACACACACUGCCAUGCUAGUGUAUGUACUUUACUGAGAAUAAACCCCCAACCAAACCGUAUCUGCUUCAUGAAGAUCCUGGGG